CGUCGCUGCUCCUCUUCACUCUCUAAGCUCUCUCUUUCAAUCGCCGCCGUCAUCUUCCACCGCCGCCGUCUCGGCAAUGGAAGACGAAGAACCCUCUCCGAUCUACCGGCUUCCCGACGACUCGUUCCAUCAGAUCUUCCUCUCCCUCCCUCUCCGCGAUAUCAUGAUCUGCCGCUGCGUCUGCAAGCUUUUCCACCAAAUCAUCUCUUCCCCCUCCUUCACCGACCUCGUCUCCGCCCGCCCCCCUCUCAAUCUCAUCGCUCUCCGGCCGCCGCACCACCACCACACCCACCAGCGCCUCGCUGCCGCCGCCGCUAAUCCGUGUCUCCACGUCUAUGACCCUGAUCAGAAUCAGUGGCUUCGAUUCUCCCUUGAUUUUCUUCCCUUCCGAUUCCCCCACCCCGUCGCCUCCUCUCUCGGCCUCGUUUACCUUUGGGGCGACUUGCCCGACUCGCCCGAGUCAAACAAGUCGCUCGUCGUCUGCAACCCUUUGACUCGCCAGUUCCGCGUCCUGCCGCAGCUCGGCUCCGCUUGGUCCCGGCAUGGGUCCGUUUUGGUUGACUCUGCUAACAGAGUCAUGGUGUUGACCGAAUUGGCUGCUCUUUACUUCUCUGGGUCGAAUCAGUGGAGCAAAUUUUCUUCCAAUUUGCCUUCCAAACCUCGAAGCCCUGUGAUGGUUUCUAACUCGGUUUACGCCCUAUGCGAUGUGGGUUCUCCGUGGAGGAGUCAAUGGAAGUUGUUCGCGUGCACCAUUGCCGACCUCAAGAGCUCCCAGAAUUGGGGUCGGCUCGAGAGGCACGAAUGGGGGGAUGUUUUUGACAUUUUGAAACGGCCCCGUUUGGUCCGAGGGACGGGUAACCAAAUCUUGAUGGUGGGUGGCCUCAAAUCCUCGUUUUCGUUGACUGCUUUGUGCUCCACGAUUCUGAUUUUGAGGUUGGAUUUGGAUACAUUGGAGUGGGAUGAGGCGGGUCGUAUGCCUGUCCAGAUGUUUCAGUGCUUUCAAGGGUCUAGUAAGUUUAAGGUCUUUGGUGGCGGAGAACAGAUUUGCUUUUCGGCGAAGAGGAUGGGGAUGAUGGCGCUGUGGCAUCGUUGUUCCGGGAAGAUGGAGUGGCGGUGGGUAUGUGGAGUGCCUGGAUAUAGCGAUGGGCUUUACCGAGGGUUCGUCUUUGAGGCAAGGUUCACAUCCCUGCUGCCUUAAGUUGCCUAUGUGCAGUUUUGUCUGCUAAGUAAAUUCAGUGUUGUAACAGUGACUGCCCAGCAGCUGGAUUGUGAGGAGUUGCCCUUCAAAUAUAAUACUCAAUGACUUGAGAACAGAUUCCAGCUUGGGGAAACUGAUUCCAGGGCGUACAUAGAACAUGAAUAUGACUCGACUCGGAUUAUAUGGUUCGUGAACGGAGUUUCUCGUCAAACCCCAGAGGCUUCUCUCAGGCACAGUAAAUUUGUUUAUUUUAAGUUUUAAGUUAUCUUUUAAUCUUAAAGAUGUACCACCUACACUACAUCCACCAUGAGAUAAAAAAAAAAACAAAGGAAAAUAGCAACUAUGAGAUGAGAGCUUGAGAGUUCUUAAACAAAUAGAAUUCUUAUUUAUUUGCCACUGCCAUUGCCAUUGGUUUAUGAAUACAUGUAUUUACCAAA